UUAGAGUGGAUCCUCUAUUAAUCCAAAGCUAAUUUUCAUACUUUUUCUUUUUUUUUUUAAAUAUGAAUGAGCUACAUUUUUGGUGAGGACCAAGUGUAUGUGGGAAGGGUGAGUCUUGGAAGAAAAUCACUCUGACACAAGGAACUCAAGGAACCUUCAUUUUCACUCACGUACUUGGAGCAAACCUAACUUUUGUGGUCCUUCAUUUUAAGGUCACAAGGAAUUGCUAUCAUCCAACAUCCGGAAUGAGACUAAGAUCCAUUGGGCAUUAAGUGGAUUGUACUGAACUCAAAAAAGGGAUGUGGAAUUCCGCAGAGUGGUGAGACUGGGAGAAGAGACAUCUCCAUCUUGUCUUUCCAUCCACCCCAAACUGAAUGGGGAGUGUUCCUACAGUCCCCUGAGGUGUAUGUCGCUCCAGGAUUAAUAGUGUAUCUGGGAACCAGGCUCAACAAGAUGCUCAAUUCCAUCAAAUGUGUGUUGGUGGGGGAUGCAGCUGUGGGCAAAACAGCUCUCUUGGUGCGCUUCACAUCGGAGACAUUCCCUGAAAUGUAUAAGCCCACCGUGUAUGAGAAUGCGGGGGUAGAUGUCUUCAUGGAUGGUAUCCAGAUCAGUCUGGGUCUUUGGGACACAGCAGGCAAUGAUGCCUUCAAAAGCAUACGCCCGCUAUCCUACCAGCAGGCAGAUGUGGUGCUCAUGUGCUAUUCUGUGGCCAACCAUAACUCCUUUCUGAGCCUGAGGAACAAAUGGAUUGCCGAGAUACGGAGCAAUUUGCCCUGUACCCCAGUGUUGGUGGUGGCCACACAGACUGACCAGCGGGAAAUGGGACCCCACAGGGCCUCUUGUAUAAACUCGGUGGAUGGGAAACGGCUGGCCCAGGAGGUAAAGGCCAAGGGCUACCUGGAGUGCUCAGCUCUUAGCAACCGAGGGGUGCAACAGGUAUUCGAGUGUGCUGUCAGGACUGCAGUUAAUCAUGCUCGGAGGAGAAGUAGGAGGAAGCUCUUCUCCAUUAAUGAAUGCAAGAUCUUUUAAACCUUCAAGACGGACUAAACACCAUGAUUAGUCCCAACAGAAGAUCCUUGACUAGGUUGGGGUUGUGAGGCGGGCCUUGUGCAUUCCUGUUCCAUCCUCGUAUUUUGUACAGAUUGUUUUUCUUCUCCUGCAUGUUGUUUUUCACUAAAAACAUUGGCCAUUAUGUGUUUUACUAAAGUACACUUUACACAGGAACCAUUUUUGAUGACUUCAUCUAAUCUGAACAGGCCCUAGAGGCCUUAAGUGGACAUUUUUCUAUUUUGUUUUGUUUUUACAUCUCCCUUUCUUUUAGUUCUUUUAUUUAAUUAUGACUCAUUGCAAACUCAUUGCAUAGGACUCAGAGUUUUGCUAGCAACAGGAAGGUAACUGGAUAUCGAAUUGAGUUUUUUGCUGAACUCCAUAUUUAAAGACCAUUUUAUUUAAAAUCAAAAGCAAAGAAAAAACAUUUAGCUUUUGCAUGUAGCUCAUUUACACACUUGGCAAUUCCCCUCUUCCCCACUUAAUCACCAACAUAAACUGCUAAAAAAAAUACUAAAUAGCUUCUCGGAGCUUGACAAUGUAUUAGUUUUUUUUUUCUUCAUGUAGCAGGAAUUUUGUUUGAACCCACUUAACAACUGUGUUUUUUUUUAAACCAGGUAAUUAAACUCAAAAGAGCAAUGAACUAAUUAUGACAUCUAAUUUCCCAGACACCUAUCUUGCUUUAAACUUGCAUAACAAAAUAUAGUUUAAUUAUCUUGAAAGCUUUCAAAAUGAUUAUAAUUUUAGGAACCCGUAAUUUGUUGUCAUUUCUAUUCCUUAGUAAAUGGUUUUUUUAAUUGUACACAACAUAGUACCCUUUAUCACCAAUGUGCCUUGCACUUAAUAAAUAUUUAUUGACACUAUGAGUUUCCAGUUAUUCUUCAAGUGUGAUCAUUACAGCAGUGCCCCAAAGAAAAUAAUAGUUGCUCUUUUUUUUUUUUCAGAGGAAGGAACUGUGAGGUGUAGGGACCUCACAGGAAACAGAAGCCUCCCCUGAUACUUUAGUUAAUGUUUACUACAUUUUUCUCCCCCUGAGUGUUUUCAGUUCCUUAUGUGCUGAUGGGGUGUUGUUUUUGCAAUGACAUUUAGCACAAAUUUAUUUUCUUUGGAGCCCACUCCUUGAGCUAUCAGAAUAACAAAAACAUUUCAAGAUAUUGGGAAGAACUUCGUAUUUUUUUUUUGUUACCCUCCCCAAAUUGUUGUUUUCCCUCAAGUUUUAGAGAUAUAGGGAUUUCAGGAAGCAUUCAGGUGAAAAUGCCACAAAGCAGUAUGGUGGAACCAGUGAGUAGGUGCAAGAAAGCUAGAAAACAUCUAGGGUAAGCUGGCUGGGUUACAAAAUAAAGUUACCUGUGGAGAUAGAGAACAGCUAGAAAAAAUAAUCAUAUAAUAACAUUUCAUCUAGUGGCUAUGGUGCUGAAAGGGUUAACUAAGUUGACUGUGCCGAUUGUGUUGUGUGAGCAACAAAGGAGUGCCUGUUUACCUAGCAAGUUUUCCUCAAAUAAAACUUA